AUGCCCCCUGAGGGGCUAACAAGCCUGACAACCCCCUCUACGGAGCGAUGGAGGGACGUUCCAGGAGUUUGGACACUCCCUGUAAUCUCCAUAUUCACCCCUCCUGUUUUCAUUAACUCUGAGAGGUCCAGGCUGAAUCACAUCCCCGUGGUCACGCAAAGCCGCCUUGAGCCCAGCAACUUCCUGGUUCUGGUCCUGGUCUCCAUGGCGUUUGUUGCUGUGGUGCUCGGCCUGUCGGGGGCGCUCUUCUGCAUGCGCCGUUGCUCCGGGCACGAGCUGAAAGAGAAGCUGGUUGGCAUGGCAACAGACACCGGGAACGAUGCCACUGCGACCUAUCAGGAUCUGUGUCGUCAGCGCAUGGCAGAGCGCAGCUCAGAGGUUUUCCAUCACACCACACACACGUCACGCAUCAACAGCGUGUCAUCACAGUUCAGUGACGGAGCGAUGCAGAGUCCAUCAGCACGGAGCAGCACGUCAUCAUGGAGCGAAGAACCGGUACACAGCAACAUGGACAUCUCUACAGGACACAUGAUCCUGGCGUACAUGGAGGAUCACCUGCAGAAUCAGGAUCGUUUGGAGAAGGAGUGGGAAGCUCUGUGUGGUUACCAGGCCGAGCCAUCCGCUUGUUCUUCAGCGCAGGAUAAAAACAACGCCAGGAAGAACCGACCCAACGGCGUGCUCGCGUACGAUCAUUCCAGAGUGACGCUGAAGGCUGAGAAUAACCAGAGCAGCUCAGACUACAUCAACGCCAGCCUCAUCAUGGACCAUGACCCUCGUAACCCAGCCUACAUCUCUGCUCAGGGCCCUCUGUCAUCUACGGUGGCUGAUUUCUGGCAGAUGGUAUGGGAGAGCGGCUGUGUGGUGAUCGUCAUGCUAACACCGUUAGCAGAGAACGGAACCAAACAAUGUCACCAGUACUGGCCAGAUGAAGGGUCGGACCUGUACCAUAUCUAUGAGGUCAACUUGGUGUCAGAGCACAUCUGGUGCGAGGACUUCCUGGUGCGCAGUUUCUACCUGAAGAACGUCCAGACCAACGAGACACGUACCGUAACUCAGUUCCACUUCCUGUCCUGGAUGGAUCAGAAUGUUCCAGAGUCAGCUCGGACCCUGCUGGACUUCCGCAGAAAGGUAAACAAGUGUUACAGGGGGCGUUCGUGUCCAAUAAUCAUCCACUGCAGUGAUGGAUCAGGGAGAAGUGGGACGUACAUCCUGAUAGACAUGGUACUGAAUAAAAUGGCCAAAGGUGCUAAGGAGAUUGAUAUCGCUGCCACUCUGGAACAUCUGAGGGAUCAGAGAGCAGGCAUGGUGCACACCAAGGAGCAGUUUGAGUUUGCACUGACCGCCGUGGCCGAGGAGGUGAACGCCAUCCUUAAAGCUCUGCCGCAAUGAAGAAGCUUCUUCAUACACACACCCACACACCCAUACACCCACACACACACACACACA